AUGUCAAUCCUGGUGAAAGGAUUGCAGAGAUUACUAGGCUGCAACAAAGAGGAAGAUGCUUCUUGCAGAGACAGGUUCAGCGAGCUGCCCGACGCCCUCCUCCUAAACAUCCUGGAGAGGGUGAGCACGCUCGACGCCGUCAGGGCCUGCGUCCUGUCGAAACAUCUACUGAAGCUCCCUGCCAUGCUCUCCCGGAUCGCCAUCGACGUCUGCUACAUCUGGGGAGAGUACAUCGAUCCCACCGACCUCGAAUUCGACGACAUGCUCCAAGCGAACCGCGCCGUGGCCGAUCUGACUGACAAGAUCCUCGGCACGAGGCCUCCACAGCUCACCAUCCACGACCUAAACCUGACCUUCGUACUUAGAUUGGACAACUGUCUCUCCAUCGGCAGAUCCGUCGCCCACACCAUGGCGACGCGGAAGCUCGACUCGGUCCAGUUCAAGAUCUUGACGGAGAAGGACGGCUUUGAUUGCACUCCGGCCGAUCUCCUCGGCUUCGGGAAGCAGCUCAACGCUUUCUUCGCCGACUGCCAAGACGCGUUUGCUGGCCUCACAAUACUCGACCUACAGAACCUGAGGUUCGGUGAGUCCGACCUACCCAACAUCCUCGGCACUUGCAAGAGGCUGGAGUACCUGAGCCUCAACUUUUGCGACGCGGGGAUAGGCUCGACGCUGAAAUUUGAACACGAUCGACUCGUGGAGCUCAAGAUCGAGUACGGGGAAUACGAAACCGUGGAACUCUGCCGUCUGCCCAAGCUACAACGGAUGACAUGUGAUUUUUGGGACCAUGAUAGAAAUCCCUUAGUUUUUGGUUUCGUCCCGCAGCUUUCCAAGCUUAGCCUUUUUAACGCUGUUUUUAUUUCGAGCACGACUCCUCUUCGGUUAAGCCAGCUUCUUGCUAAUGUGCCCACCAUUCGCGAUCUGCUUCUAGAUUUUGAAAGUCAAGAGAUUUGGGUGCGACCAGAGAGCCCAAUAGUGCUCUCGCCUGUGCUCAGCAAACUACGGAUAGUGAAUCUUCAUAAUCUUCAUGAAGGAUUUGGCAUCUCUUGGACAAUGUUCAUCCUUGAAGCUGCACCAUAUCUAGAAGAGUUAUGUAUCACGGUAUGGGAUCAUAGCCAUGGGAAGCUCUAUGAGAAAACGGAUGUCAAGUGGGAACCAUGCGAUUCUGAUUUCAAGCAUGCCAAUCUAGGCAAGCUCACGAUCUUCGGCUUUCAGCCCGAUAACAACUUCAUGGGAUAUGUCACGCGUGUAAUGAAAGCCGCGGUGAGGAUCAAGGAAGUUUCUCUACACGACAGGAAGGCGUGCGAGAGAUGUGUUGUACAUUGUGUCGGGUUUUCCACAUCAAGGUAUCCACGGACCAGCGAGGAGAAGGAUUCAUGUAUUGAGAAAAUUACAGAGGGGUUGGUGGCAGGUCCUCCCGUUAUGAUUCACUUCCGAUCCUAG